GUCGGGCGAUGACGCAGGCGCGGGAGCCGGUUGUGGACGGGACGGGAUGCGGUGACGGCGGCAGUGGCGGUAGGCCCAGGCCCAGGCCCAGGCCCCCCCCUCACGUGUUGAAGAUUCUGACCGAGAAUGGAGAAGCCCCCCUUUAGGCAGGUUCCGACAAGUGGGCCUUGGGAUCUAAAGGAACGCCUUGGAGCAGGGGGCUUUGGACAUGUCUAUAUGUACGAACAUAAGAGCACUGGGGAAAGGAUUGCAGUUAAAGCCUGUCGUGUGGAGUUGAGUGCAAGAAACAAGGAGAGGUGGUGCCAUGAGAUUCAAAUCAUGAAAAAGUUAAACAAUGCAAAUGUUGUUAAAGCUCGUGAAGUUCCCGAAGAAAUGCAGGGUAUUGCCUUUAAUGAUGUCCCUCUACUUGCGAUGGAAUUCUGUACAGGAGGUAACUUGCGUAAGGUACUGGGCAAGCCUGAAAACUGCUGUGGACUUAAAGAAAGCCAAGUUUUAAGCUUAUUACAUGAUGUUGGUUCUGGCAUCCAAUAUUUACAUAACCACAGAAUUAUCCACAGAGAUCUGAAACCUGAAAAUAUUGUGUUGCAAGAAGAUAAUGGCAAGUUGAUAUACAAAAUAAUUGACUUGGGCUAUGCAAAGGAUCUGGAUCAAGGAAGUAUUUGCACAUCUUUUGUAGGAACAUUACAGUACCUGGCACCGGAGUUAUUUGAAUCACAAUCUUACACAGUCACUGUAGACUACUGGAGCUUUGGAACACUAGUAUUUGAGUGCAUCUCAGGAUUUCGACCAUUUUUACAUAAUAUGCAGCCUUUCCAAUCGCAAGACAAAGUUAGAGUUAAGGGCCAGUAUGACAUUAUGGCUGUUGAAGAGAUGAAUGGUGAAGUACGGUUCUCCCCAAAUUUGCCACAGCCCAAUGGCCUUAGCACCUUAAUGGUAAAACCAUUGGAGACAUGGCUGCAAAUGAUGUUGGUUUGGGAUCCAAAACAACGGGGUGGUAAUGUAGAUCCAAACACAAAUCGACUAGCCUGUUUCACGCUCCUGGAGCAGAUUUUAAGUCAGAAGUUUGUUCAUAUAUUAAAUAUGACUUCUGCCCGGGUUCAUUCCUUUUUGAUUGAACCUGAUGAGAGCCUGCAUUCUCUUCAAAUGCGAAUCGAAGCUGAAACAGAAAUUGCUGCUGCAAACCAGGAGUUGCUUGUGGAAACCGGGAUUUCUUUGGAUCCUCGAAAGCCUGCCAAUCAAUGUGUGCCAGAUGUAAGAGGCUGGGAUCGGUACAUGGUGUACCUCUUUGAUAAAAGUAGCACCAUCUAUGAAGGACCUUUUGUUGCCAGAAAAUUACCGGAGCAUGUUAAUUAUGUUGUACGGGAUGCUAAGAUAAUGUUGCCUAAUGCUCAGCUGAGGAAGGUGUGGGGAGAAGCUGUGAAUUAUGUCUGUGGAUUAAAGGAGGACUACAGCAGAUUGUUCCAGGGCCAGAGAGCUGCAAUGUUGAGUCUGCUGCGUUAUAACAAUAACCUUACAAAAAUGAAAACAACCAUGUUUUCUAAUUCUCAGCAGUUGAAGGCUAGGUUGGAUUUCUUUCAAUCCAGCAUUAAGCUUGAUCUGGAAAAGUACAGUGAGCAAAUGGCAUAUGGAAUAUCUUCUGAGAAGAUGUUAAAAGCAUGGAAGGAAAUGGAAGAGAAGGCAGAGGCUUGUAAGCAGGCUGCUGAAAUUGGUCAUUUGGAAGAACAAAUUAUGGGUCUGCACAGUGAGAUAGUGGAACUUCAGAGGAGCCCGUAUGCGAGACGACAGGGAGAUGUCAUGGAAAACCUUGAGCAGAAAGCUAUUGAUUUAUACAGAAAGCUCAAAGGAAAACCAAAAGACUCGCAUCAAUAUGGAGACAGUACAGAGAUGGUGAAGAUCAUUGUACAAACAGUGCAGAAUCAAGAUCGUGUGCUUAAGGAGCUCUACACCCAUCUCAGUAAGCUGUUGGCCUGUAAGCAGAAGAUCAUUGAUCUUUUCCCAAAGAUUGAACAGGCGCUUGAUAACAUUAGAGAAAAUGAAAAAAUGUUGUUGAGAUCGCAAGAGAAGAGACAGAAAGAAAUAUGGUAUUUGUUAAAAAUUGCAUGUAGCACGGCUCGAGGGCCUGAAAGUGCCAGUCUCGAGUCGUCAGGUUCACCCCAUGGUUUAGGGUGGGCACAACAGGCCCAAACUUUAACACCACAGAAUACUUUGCCGAACCCGUUGUCCUCUAUUUCCUUGUUGAAGAACAGUGAAUCAUCCAUGACUGUAAUUGAAGAAAACCAGAGUUUCUGCAGCCAGUUGCACAGUCUGAUGCAGGAAACUCUAUCAGACCAGAAAUACAGCAUGUCGUCUCUGGAUUGGAGUUGGCUUGAAGAAAUGGUAUCAGACAGACCCUGAAAUUCAUAUUUUGGUGUGGCAGUUGAUUCCUUGAGCCCUGAGCACUGGAGGAUCAUGAGACGGUGUGGAUUUGCAGUGGUGAAUGCUCUGAAGAAAAGUCAUAUUUCUGGAGCUUGGAAACUCAAUCCCUCUGUCUCUCAGAAGUCUCUUGGCAUUUUAGUUGCACUGUUGCAGUUCAGCUAACACAUGAAUGCGCUAAGCUGCCAAUAUGCUGCUUUAUCACUUUGUCAUCUACUGUUAGCUUUCACAACACAGUUGCUGCAGUAACAGUUUAUAACAUUCCUCUAGAUAUUUUGCUGAGGUUUGCAUAAAGUAAUAGAAACAAUAAAUGAUGAAAAAGCACACGAAUCCCUGUCAACAAUCAGAAGGAAAAAAUAUAUAGAUUUGCAAACGUUUUUGUGCAUUCUACUGAAGUCUAUACUGAUAUGUUUUAAUCAGCUGUUGAUGGACCUGUUCUAUGCAUCCAGGAUUUAUAGCUUCUGCCUUUUAAUUUCAUGUUUCAUUUCACAUAUUUACAUGAGUAUUUAUUCAGUGUCCACUGGUAUAAUUUUUUUUUUCCAAGUUUCCUUCCACAUUUUGUACAGAGUUAAAUAACAGUCUGAGUUGUGUUAUGUGACUUGUGGAAUCAACCAUAAUAGGUCCACUUUUCCACGAGAUGACUCGAGGAACGUCACGGAGGAGCGAUGUCUUCAUCUAGCCUAAUAUAGCACCUUGGGUUACAAAUAUGACGCUGAUCUCGGAACCGCAAGAGCUAUUUAGUUAACUAACCCCCGUAGGUGGCACUAUGGUUUCUUACAGCUCUUAACGUGGUCUGAAAUGAUGACCAUGCACAGUGACGUUAGUCGUAGGAGAAGUUUAUAAUGUGGCCGGGUGACCUGACUAAAGGCCUUUAAUGCAGAUUUCCAAAUGAUUUAUUUUUAAAGAAAAAUAUAAAUGAGUUUCCAAUGCUACUAUUCUAUCAAAUAAAAUUAAGGGCUGCUGGUUUCUUACCAUUUCAAUUUCAUCUUUUAAAAGGGGAAUAAACAUACUAAAAAUUCCCUGCUUAGAAGCUACAUACUUUUAAAGAGAGCAAUUGGAAAAUACCAACUGAAUCUUAACAACUGAAACAUCAAUGUGAUAUGUAGCUACCUGAAUAGUUUGUCGAUUCUUUUUCAAAAUUCCCAUAUAUUUUGUGCUACAUUCAAAGCUUGUUUUUUCCUUGCUACAUUAUUUUUUAACGUGCUUUUCUCUGUAUUUUGAAGGAUUUUGGUAUCAUGAUUUUAACUUGAAGUCAAUUUUGCAAAUUAUUUUGUUCAAAAUUGUAACCAUCAAACUUUUAAAUGUUUUUAAAUGCUCUGAACUACCUUGAAAGUUUUGCCAUGUCCUUUUUCCUCACCUCUAUGAUUUUUGGUUAAAAGAGGAGCUAAUCCAGCCAAAGAAUUGGUCAUCGUUAUGGUAAAGCUAGCUGUUGACCUGACAUCGCAAGCAAAAUAAAAUUGCAGAACCAUUCUUUCCCCCUCUGCUCAAAGGAAUCUUACAUCAGCACUCGAAGCGAGAUUAGCUUUUGCCUCAGUGUACAUGCUUGUUAACAUUUUGUGCAAUCCCUAUCGGAUGUAAUAUUAUUAAAUUUAUGAAUGCGAAACAAAUACCAGAAUGGUCAUUUUAAAAAUACCAGAAUGAUGAUUUUUUUCUGUAAUCUGUUCAGUCAGCCAUUAAGCUAAAACAUAUUACUUCGUAAGUGAAAUUACUUCCGUAUGUGAUUUUAAAUGUGGCUGUGUAACAAACAUAUACUUUUAUUUUAAUUGAUUAAUACGUUGAGACUUUUUGCAACUGACAAAUAGCCUAGGAUGAAAUAAUUAUUAUUCACGAGGUGGCUCAAUAUGAACCAUCAAAUGUCCACCUGAAUAUUGUUAUUUAUUAUUUUUGUGAAACAGGAAACGAUAAGUACAGAAUGCACAUUUGUUUAUAUAAAAUUACCCAAUGGAUCAUAAAAAAUAAUGCUGGCUGUGCGGUUGAACUAUGAUUGCUAAUAUGGGUGGUCAAUUUUUCAUUCCUUGAGGUUUAUGUUGUUAAUUUUGUGUAAUUGUUUGUUAGCUGAAUACCCUUUCUUAUUUUUGCAGUCUUGUCAGUUGUGGCUGAACCUUGUGAUGUGAAAAGUUUUAUAAUUCUUUCUCAUUUGUUUUUGUCUUUGUUUUUUUCAGGGGCACAUUUAUACUUAAACUUGUUGUGAGCAAAAAGAUUGUGAAUUAAUGCUUGUGGCACUUUGGGGUGCAGUAUGAUUUGUGCAACCACAUACACAGAGGUUUAAAAGGGAAAACAAAUAUUUCCAGUGAAUUUAUAAACCAGACGAUUGCCAAGAAGUUCAAAUGUUUCAUGCUUUUGCAGCUGUACGCAAUUGAGAAUUGACUUCCAUCUGAGUGACGUGAUAAUGACAAUUAUUAAAUUGUUUCUCUUACAUUUGUAUACUUAAUCUGUUAUAUGCAUUCCAUUGAAUGCUCCUAUUGGAGGAUUGCUGGGGAAAUUAGACCAAAUUGCCUCAGAUCAAUAUUGUUGGGGAUAUUGACUGGGUUUAGAUUGCGACCCCUCUACAUUAAAUAUUGUAUUCGCUUUUCUCACACUCUGACGCCUCUCCUCACUACACAACAAUGACCACCGUCAAUACUGCCCUUCCCGAGCCUACAAACUCAGUACCCUGACCCCAGGCUCAAACCUUUUCUCCUUCUAUCCCUUCAGCUCUGAUCUUUAGCUUGCUGACUGAAUCGCCAAUCUUGGGUAGCGCACUUUGCGAUAGAGAAAUGUACUUUCAGGGAUCUUGGGCUUCGUUUGCAGCUGAAGUUUGCAGUAACCAGCAAUCAAAAUGGUCAUAAGUGCGCCACUGUUGGAACCUAAUUGGCACCCGAACAUUCCUCGGCCAAUGUGUAUUAACUGGAAUUGCAAAACGAAAAUUAGAACAAGUUGCGUAUAUUUUAAUGCCUUAAUCCUUGUCUUUUCUAUGAUGUACCGAAUCAGUGAAUGGAAAUGUCACUUCAUCUUAACACCCUGUCCUUCAUUGUACCACAGAUUCUGCUGCCAAUUAUGCAUCUCUUGUCUGUGUCUUUUUAAAAGGCAGUAUGGCAGCUUUGAUUGCACUUUGCACUUUUAAGAUGUCAUGUUGUUUUAAUCUUGUUUUAAUUUUGAAAUUUGUUCAAAUGAUCUAAAACGCUGAUAUUCAAUGCAAUAUGUUAUGCAAUGGAGUGUAAGGCCACUUGUGCUUUAAAUACAUAAUAUCUUUGUCUCUUGAAUUUGUGAAUAGAGGGUUGUGGACAUUGUUCAGUCCCACAUGCUUAGGUUUUACAUUAAAUUAAACGCAAAGCAUUUCUUCAUUGUCAUAACAAAUUGACAAAUGCAUACAUUCCAUUGAUAAAUGUUUUUUUCACAAAAUGUUGCUUCAUAUACAGAUUUUGUUAGGAUGUAUCAGCCGUAAGAAAUCAAUUGUAUUAUACUUGCUUUUCUGGAUUUUUCGUUGUUAUACAGCAUGCCCCAUGAUGUUAUAUUUUGUUCCUCCUUCAAAUUCAUUUGUAUUUUUGCACAUUAUUAGUACCCAAGGAAUUUAAAGCUACACAUGUCCUCACUCCUCCAUUACAAAUUAUUAUUUCAUCAUAACCUCUUCAACUCAACACCUCCCUCUGAAACUACCCCUACACAAAUGCUGUCCAACCUGCUGAGGCCUUCCAGCUCUUUGUUGUUUGCGGUAGCUUUCCACAGCAUUCUCCUCAUGACACACUGAUCAGGGCGAGACUCCUUGCCUGGGGUUGGAGGACGCCUGCGUGUGACUUUGUUUAACGUGGGGAGACUGGUGCACAGACAGCCACCACACGGUCCUUGACAGAUCUGGGUCAGGAUCCCGUGGCAUGGAGUACAAGACGACCGGAGACCCUUUUCUGCUGCAGCCUUCAUCCGCCUUCCCAGCCGUUGUGACGCUCCACUAAAGUCAGCCAUCAUCCUCCGCCUGUUCCACUGUUGAGGUCCUUACCUAACACCAGCCCUAACCUGAUUCCAUUCUCUCAAGAAUGAUAUCCACAGAAGACACUUCCAAGGCCUUUUCCUCCUCGUAAAUGAUCCCUACUUUUUGUACCCCCCCCCCCCGAUAGUCUAUUCUUGACAUUCCUCACCUCCAUCCUCCAUGACAGAAAUAUGGUACAAAAGUAUGUUGAUUCCUCUUGUAGGCUGAAGAAUGUGUUGAUUCCUCUUGUAGGCUGCACCUCACUGUCACCUCACUUGACCUUUUCAGGAUAUUAAAAUGUUCCUGCUAGAUCUUGAUUACUAUCCAUCUCCAUAAGACCCACCUGUGGACGAAAAAGAUUUUGGGAUCUUAGUUUCCCUUUGGCUUAAAAUGUGUUCCAGGCCAUGUAUCAUGUCAUUGCACGGACUUCCUAUUUCCACCUCCAUAUUAUGUGUCUCCACAUAUUAUGUGUCAUCAGCAACUGAAGACCUCAUCCAUGCCUUUGUUACACUUUGAGUUAACUAUUCCUACAGAGCCUUCAUCUUUCUAUUUCCAUAAAUACAAGGUUACCCACAACCUUUCUGUCCUUAUUCCCAGUUCACACCAAAUCCAAUCACUACUGUACUUGCUCUCAUGUAAACACGAAGUUUUAAAAUUCUUGGUGUAAUGUUCCACCGCUUAAUGUCCUUGUCUCUCUUCUAUUAUUAUCCUCUAUUCUUUCAACUCACCACAAUAUCUGUACAGUUGGAAUUCUAGUCUUCGUUACUUCCUACUUCAUCAGAUCUUCAAUUGGCAAUAAUCGAAGCUCUAAACUCUGGAAUCCACUCUCAAAAUCUUUCUGCCUCUCUCCCCUUCUUUCCUCUUUGAAGGUACCCCUUAAAACCCAUGUUUUAAAUGUUGCUCUCUUUAAGUGGUUUGUGUUAAAUUUUAUUUGCUAACAUUUCCAUCAAGCAUCUAGGGAUGGUUUACUAUUUUAGAGUGCAACAUAAGUACAGAUAUUGUCGUCAAUGUAGAUCUGUUUGUGUGUUCACUUUUGACCACUUUGUCAACCAAGUCCGUUGCUGUGGAAUUAUUUUGUUAAACUGACAAAAGGAAAACUAAUUCCCAAAAAUGUAAAUAAAAUUUGAAAAACAAAAUGG